GCUCCUGCUCCUGCUCAGCUAGCGCCGCCGUCGUCUCCUUGUCCCAUCAUGAUCAUCUACCGGGACCUCAUCAGCCAUGAUGAGCUGUUCUCCGACAUCUACAAAAUCCGAGAGAUCGCGGGCGGACUGUGCCUGGAGGUGGAGGGGAAGAUGGUCAGUAGGACGGAGGGUAACAUUGAUGACUCGCUCAUUGGUGGAAACGCCUCUGCUGAAGGCACCGAUUGUGAAGGAACCGAAACCACAGUAAUCACUGGUGUUGACAUCGUCAUGAACCACCACUUGCAGGAAACCAGCUUCACAAAAGAAGCUUACAAGAAGUACAUCAAGGAUUACAUGAAAUCACUCAAAGGCAAACUUGAAGAACAAAAACCAGAAAAAGUAAAACCUUUUAUGACGGGGGCUGCCAAACAGAUCAAGCACAUCCUUGCUAAUUUCAAAAAUUUGUUCUUCUAA